GCAGCACGGGAGGAGGAGGAGGUGGAGGAGGGGAGGGGAGGGGAGAAAAGGAGGAGGAGGAGAAGCCGGAGUAAAGUUUGUCCAAGUUUGCUCAUCCAUUCGGAAUACGCCAUUUUGAGUUCUCUCCUCUGCGGAGCAACUUUGCAGCCUCUCGCUCCCUUUCUUUUUUUUUUUUCAUCACCUUCAUCAUCCCCGAUCACCGCCGUUCAUCUACCAUCAUCAUCAUCAUCAUCAGCCCCCCCCCAUCCAUCACCACCACCACCAUCAUCCUCGCCACGAUGUCUCGGCGCAAGCAGCCCAACCCCAACAAAGUGAAGCUGUGAGCAGUGGUUGCAGACACAAACACAACAAACCCCGCCCCCUCCCGCCCUGCCCCGAGACAGAUUCGAGCGAGCGAGCGUUGCUUUACGAAAAAGACGGCAGUCAUGGAGAACUCCACAGAGGAGCGGCAGGAAGGGGGAGGAGCCAACACUGAGCUGACUGAGGAGGAGGAGAAAACGCACAAUAACCUCAAAGGAGCGAUCAACGGAGUGAUGGAAGGAGCAAAGGAGGUGGCGAGCGGAGGAGCGAAACUACAGAACGGAGACAAAGGUGGAGGAACCGUGGGAACCGGCGGAGGUGGAGGAGAAGACCUCUCCUCCAUUAAUGCCAUGAUGUCAGCAGUGAUGUCAGCAACAGGGACCAUUAACGGCGGAGACGGUGGGAGUGGAGCCCCUUCAGCCUCCUCCUCCGCCGGCCCCUCCCCCAGCCCUUCACCGAGCAAGUCCCUCACGGCAGCCAUGCGAGCCCCUCCCGGUCGCAACGCACGACGCAACCAGGACACCAAAGACGACAGCUCAUCUUAUUGUUGUCCACUGUGUGACAAGAGCUGUCAAACACAGCACCAGCUGACCAUGCACAUUAGACAGCACAACGCCGACGCCGGAGCGACGGAUCACUCCUGCAGCAUCUGCGGGAAAUGCCUGAGCUCGGCCUCGUCGCUCGACAGACACAUGCUGGUCCACAGCGGCGAGCGGCCCUACAAAUGCAACAUCUGCGGCCAGACCUUCACCACCAAUGGCAACAUGCACAGACACAUGAAGAUUCACGAGAAGGACCCGGCCAGCGGCCUGCUCCCCGUCAGCCCCCCCUCUCCCACCAAACGCCGCCGUCCGUCCGUGAAGAGGAGGCAGGGCCUCGAGGAGGAGAACGGAGAGGAGCCGCCCAACAAGAAGGUGGCGGAGGACGCGACGGCAGACGAGGCGUUGGCGGGCCGCGGCUCGGAGGAGGAGCUUCUGCCCUGUCCCAUUUGCUUCAAAACCUGCAGCUCCAGACUGGAUCUGGACGCGCACAUGGACACCCACCCUGACACCGCCCUCAGGUGUGAUCUCUGCUGCCUUUCUUUCCGAACCCAUCGUGGUUUGCUGCGUCACAAUGCGGGGGUUCAUAAGCUCCUCCCCCAGGACCCCAGCGGCCGCCCUUUCAUCCAGAGCAACCCCUCUAUCCCCACCGGCUUCAAUGACUUGGCCUUCAUUGACUUCUCCUGCAAGAAGUUUCCUCACAUUGCACAGGUCUGGUGUGAGACGAAUCUCAGACGAUGCAUCAGUAAGUUCCACCGGUUCGUCUGUGAGUCCUGCGACAAGGCGUUCCCCCUUCGCUCAGCCCUGGACCUCCAUAAAACCAACUCUCACCCCGACAAACCCGCCACCACCAGCUCGGAGGAUACCGCAGAGAAGGCGAAGGAGGAAGGAGAAGGUUCUGCAGAGAACGAGGUUGAGAACGACCAGCAGGACGCAGACAAAGAAGCCCUGCCUGCAGAGCAGUCCGACUUCCUGGAAGGGCUGGGUCUUCAGCACGUUUCUAAGGUGAAUGCUGGUCCCACUGAUGACGAGAUCCAUCAGGCCCACCUGGACAGCAUCAAGGUGAUACACGUGGAGCCUCCGUCCUCCAGCCUCCCCCAGGAGCCGGCUUCAGGCUACCUGUCUGGAGGUCUGGGAUUGACUCUGGGGCUCGGCGUGAGCGGUCUGACGGCCCUCAGCAUCCCCCUGCUGGAGGCCCCGGGCUCGGCCUUGCAGGGCCUCUCCCAGAGAGACGCCUUCAGCCUGCUGUCCCUGCAGCCCUUCCCCACCGGCUUCCUCCUGCAACCCGACGGGACCGCAACUGCAGCCAGCGCUGCUUCGUCAGGCGUCAAACCCGGAGAGGCAGGCGGUACUGGGAUUAUGGAGCUGGCAGAUAUCCAGCAGAUCCUGAAAGUGGCGACUACCACACCAAAUCAGAUAGGACUCCCACCUCUGGCCAAAGCUCCAGGAUUCAGUGGUGCUAACGGUCAAGUUCAGGGUCAGAAGGCGAUGCCGCCACUGAAACCCAAACCUCCCAUCAGCCCUCGCUCCAGCCUCACAACGACGACUCCUCCGCCCCUGCAAAGCUCCCAGCAGGCCUCACUGGGCUGCAUCAGCCCCAGCCUGCCACCUCCCACACCUUCGCUCUUCAAAACGCCCUCCUCGUCCUCAUCCUCAGCCGGGAACGGCGGGCAGAUGGACGCGGAGUGCAUGAAUGAGGCCCACGCCCCCCUGUCUGACUCGCCGCCUGCUGCUACUACAGCUGUACACGAGGAGGUGGGACUUAGCGGAAGAAAGCCAGGAACCAAAGGCGGCAACAACUCGGGCUCGUUCCCGUGCCGUUUCUGCGACCAGGUGUUCGCUUUCUCCGGCGUGCUGCAGGCACACAUGCGCUUCCACCUCGGCAUCCUGCCCCACCAGUGCAACAUCUGCGACUAUGUAGCUCCUGAUAAAGCCACGCUCAUCCGUCACCUGCGCACGCACAGCGGAGAGCGCCCGUACGUCUGCCGCGUCUGCCAUUAUCCGUUCACUGUCAAGGCCAACUGCGAGCGCCACCUCAGGAAGAAGCACGCCAAGACCUCGAGGAAGGACAUCGAGAAAAACAUCAAGUACGUCACCUCGACAACCACGGCGAACAUCGCAGCCGCCAUCACCGCUGCAGGCACCACCUCCACCCAGGACGCGGAGACGGGCUGCACCGGAGCCGAGACCGUGUGCCGGUUCUGCGGCGAGGACCUGAAAACGUACCGGGCGCUGCAGAUCCACCUGCGCACGCACAACGGCUGCCAGAGGAAACCGUUCGAGUGCCGACGUUGCGGCGCUGCCUUCCUAGCCAAACGCAACUGCAUCCACCACCUGCUGAAGCAGCACCCUGAGGUGCAAGAGCGCGAGAUCGAGGAGCACAUCGCCACCCUGCUGCCCGCCACCGCCCUCGCCACUGCCCGCACCGCACCGUUGGCGCUGAAUGGCAUCAGCCAGCCUCCGAUCCCGGUCGUGAAGGUGGAGGAACUGGCGAACGUCACGUAUCCUGCAGAACUGGACCAGCCGCUCGACUUCUCCGCCAAGGGCCGCGGCGCUGGCAGCCAGACGGGGUCACCUGGGGUCAAACUGGAGAGCGUCGCCCCCACCUUCGACUGCGCCGACUUGGACCAGCCCAUCGACCUGUCCAUCCCCAGCAAGAGACAGCGAAGGGAGGCGGCGAGCGGCGGCGAGCUGAAGGAAAUAAAGACGGAGCAGAGCGGCAGCAGCAUCGUCGAGCAGCAGCAGCAGGCUUUGUCCAAGGACGAGAAGAUGGCGAGCGGCCCCUCCCCGCUUCACCCCCACCCCCAGCUCGGCUGCUACCAGCUGCCCCCGGGCUCCACUUCCUCCCCCACCUCCCUCCCCAAUGCCGCGCGAGCCCAGCGCCUCAAACCACUGCUCCCCAAACCCGCCACCUCUUCACCCUCCGGCACCCUCAAAGAGCUGCCGCCACUGGCCUCCAUCGCUCAGAUCAUCAGCUCUGUGUCCGCCGCCCCAGACCUGCUGAAGCGCGAUGCUGCCGGCGUCACUUCCUCUCAGGCCGAUUCCGCCACAGACGCCCCCGUAGCCUCGGCCGGCCUGGAGGGACAGAGCGACGACGCCUCCGACGGACCCUCCAGGAGGAGGCCCAGGAAGAAGGCAGCCGGCCUCGGCCUGAAGGAGAAGGCCGUCAGCGGCAUCGACCUGGAGUCGAGCGGCGAGUUUGCCAGCGUGGAAAAGAUGCUCGCCAACACAGACGCCAACAAGUUCAGCAACUACCUGCAGACAGGAGCUGCUGACCUGGCAGGAAAGAGAGAUAGCGACAAAGCAACAGGAGGGGAGGAGAAGGAGGGCGGAGCUAAGGAGGAGGCGAAGCCGGCGGCGGUGAAUCAGCCCAAAGGAAAGAAGAACGCUUACUCCAACUCUGUCCAGAAGCUGACCUGCCCCUUCUGCCCCCGAGUGUUCCCGUGGGCGAGCUCGCUGCAGAGACACAUGCUGACACACACUGGUCAGAAGCCAUUCCCGUGUCCGCGCUGCGACGCCUUCUUCUCCACCAAAUCCAACUGUGAGCGCCACCUGCUGAGGAAGCACGGCGUGACCCACAGGACGCUGCGACGCAACGGCGCCCUCGUGAAGAAAGGCGGCGACGAAGGCUCGCAUGAGAGCGCCGAGAGCCAAUCAGAGACGGAGCAGAUGGCACCAGAAGCACAAAACCUCAGCAAUACCGCUUCAUCUACAGACUCAGGCCCCGCCCCCACCGCUGAUAGCACCACCCACUGUGAAGGCACACAGGAAAGCCCCACCCACAAACCAAGCCAAGGUUUCAGCCCGACUCCUGGACCUGCCGAGCAGCAGGAGACGGAAACCACACAGCAGCUGCAGCAGCCGGACCAGCAGGGGGCGCAGGAGACCCGAACAGCACAGGGCAAACAGCCUCCAAACAGCAGCAAGGUGGAGAGCACCGACGAUGACGACUGCCACAGCAACAAGAGUCUGGACCUGAACUUUGGCAAGAAGCUCAUCGACUUCAAACUCAACACGUCAUCUUCAGGCUCCGCCCAGGACGAGCAGUCCUCUCAGCCCUCCUGCUCCUCCUCCUCUUCAUCUUCAUCUUCAUCUGGACCCUCUACCUCCACUCCCCAAGCAGCGCCUGAGAGCCCAGAAGAGAAGGAGAAAGACACGCCCGCUUCCUCCUCGUCUUCCUCGUCCUAUAGCCUCGCGGCAAAACAGCAGCCGGACUACAAACAUGUCUGCCGAGUGUGUAAGAAGAGUUUCCGCUACGCCACCACACUCGCUCGCCACGAGAGGGCACACCUCUCAGAGGAUACGCCGACUCCACCUCCACCAACAGCGGAGGAAGCCACUCCGGCAAAGGAGGAGGAGGAAGAGGCGGCGCCGGAGAACAAACCUGGCGACGAGGAGAAGGAGGCAGAGAUGGAGACAGAGGAAGGAGGAGCAAAGGGAGGCGACAGUGAAGGAGGCGACAGUGGCGAGUCGGAGGAAGAGGAGAAGGAGAAGGAGGAGAGGAGCGACGAAGAGGCAUCAGAACCAAAGAGCCUGGAGGGCGGCGAGUCAUCCGGAGGACGCGUGGACAAGAGGAAGAAGAUCUGCAACGUGUGCUCCAAGAGGUUCUGGUCUCUGCAGGACCUGACCCGGCACAUGAGGUCACACACAGGUGAGCGUCCUUAUCAGUGUCAGACCUGUGAGAGGACCUUCACCCUGAAGCACAGCCUGGUCCGGCACCAAAGGAUCCAUCUGAAACCCCGCGGGGCUGACGGCUCCUCUGGCGCCAACGAUGACGCCGGCAGCGAGGACGGAGACUCCUGCACCCCGACCCCGACCUCCACCUGCCCACCCUCAGAGAACGAGAGCGAGUGCGGGAGCGCCGCAGCCGGGAUGAAGGAGCUGGAGGAGGAGGACGUGAAAGACGAGGGGGAGGAACAGAGCCCUUCGAAACCAACAGAGUCCGGUGGGGACUCGGAUCCUGCGACCACCGUCGACUCGUCUCCCAGCCGCCAAGCUACUGACACAAAGACAACUACUAGCGCCGAAUCAACAUCUGACCCAAAUGCCUCCAAAGACCCUUCUCACUCCUCCACCAGCUGCCCGCCAGGGGAAGCGGCAGCAGCCACCCCCACCCAGGGCUUUAUCCAGGGGCUGCUGGAGAUCCACGCCAAGCCCCCUCUGGAACACAUCCUGCCCAACGGAGAGCCUCCUCUGGUGGGCGUAGAGUGAGGGCGAACCCCUAACCACAACACCGCAGUGCCAUACGGUCAGAGAGACGCUAAACCAUUGAUGACGAUGCAAAAACCAGCCCAGAAACCCUUUUUGAUAGAGAGACGAAAUCCUCGUUUUCUUGAAGUGCCUUACUACUAGUCCUAAAAGAUGUUUUUGCUAUAUCUUUAUCUGCAUUAUUACGGAGAAUGGAUCUAAUUUUUAUAGCUUUUUAUGAUGACAAUGAUUUACAUAACAUUUUUUUGUGCGGGGGAAUCUAUAUUUCAGCAAUAAAAAGAAUAAAGUUACGAUUUAUUAUUGUUCUAGAUUUUUCUUAGAGAAAUGAUCAACUUUGGAGACGCCAAGAGACAGACAGAGACUGAGACAUGGCAUCCGCCAUUCUUCUUCGGUAUUUAAAUUAAGAGCUGGACGUCACAACGCACGUGUCUGAACAAUACGCUUUCACAACGUUUCGGAUUUCCUAAAUUAAAAAUUCACCAGCCGCUUGUCCGGUUUGACCAGUCGAUAUUUUUGAUAUGUUUUGGAUAAAACUGAAGAGCGAGGCGACAGCUGCACGGCUGCCGAAGCGGCCCAGAUUCACCAGCAAUGACCGGCGGCCACCACCGUCGACUGGCGGCCGCCUGCCACCGUGUGACCGAGGUAGCUUUUUUCUGUUUUGUUUUUGUAACUGGAAAACGCCUCACCGUUGUUCCGACUCUCGGCCGGCUCGGCAAAACACAAGAAAACAUUCACGAACUUCUCAAAGUCGCAUUUCUGUGUGAAGAGGAACUCUUGAAAGGGCAGAAAAUAGUGUUUGUGUUCUCCGUGUUUCUUCUUCCUGGUUUUUUUUUUUUUUUUUUUUAAACCCAUCACACUAUUGAUCCCUGAAGCCACCCUGUGAGUCGGCCUGUGUGUGUGUUCAUAAUUUCUCACUCAUAAUCAUUCUCAGUUGAUUCCAUGUGUGUACAGAGAGUUAAACAUGUGGCACGUGAUGCUCGAGUAUUUUCUGUUUUUCUGCAUGUGUGCGAUUACCAGUGACAUUUAGGUGUAGGGAUGGGAAUUCAUUUUCGUGGAUUUUUUUAUAUAUAUGUAACUGAACAAAUCAAAAGGUUUUGUGUUUGUGUAUGCGUGUGAGUGUGCGCGACUCCCACCUGUCUCUCAUCGUCACCCCCUAGUGUUCUUAUAGGGUUUAUUACAGGGCCUCCAGCGUGCUAAUGUGUAAUGCCGCUAAUACCUGACUUAGGUUCAGUUUACCUCAACUUCUGCUUUUUAACUGCAACCAUUAAAGCAACAGACGAGCAGCUCUGUAGGCAACCCUUUAAAUCCUAUGUCUUCCUAAGCUGGGCUAAUGCUCUGCAGGCCAGGUUUCUACUGUGGGCCAAAUCAAAGCAAGCCAGGGCUAACUCAUUAGUGUAGCUUCAAACACGGCAUGCACACUAACCCAAAUAGAACCCAAAUAGAAGCUAAUUUAGUAGAACAUAGAAAUGGCAAGGAAUUUGUUAAUACCACGGUUAAAAACCAGUAUGAUGCUAGCUAGCUGUAUUUUACCUACAUUGGCAUCAGCUUUUCUUCGGGAGCAAUUAGACAUUAGAAAAUGUUAGGGUUAGCUUGGAAAAACUGACCAGAGCAGGCAACAUAAUAAAAACCCUAAGAUAUCAAAAAUAGUAAAAAGGUAGUAUUAGAUGGCAAUAACUGACUAUAACAAAGCUAGCAACGGAUUAACUUGGUUAAAUAACUUGGUAUGGUUAGUUGGCCCUUCUUAUCACUAAUAUAAGCUUAGGUUUUCUUACUGGGUUCCAACAUAUUGCCCACAGGCUAAAAAUGCUACAGGCUAGCUAGAAUUAACCAGCCUGACCAGACUUGUGUUUACUCUGUUAACGUUGUGGUUUGGUUAGUUAGCUCUAGCUAGCUCUGAUGACAAGGUUGGGUUUUGCUAAUUGGAUCCUGGGACAUCACCUACCUUACUACCGGGUAAAAACAUAUCUUAACUAAUAUUAACUUACCGGAUUAGAUAAGACCAAACAUGACUAAGCUAGUUAGCAGGAUUUCUAGCUAAGUGUCAGCCUAGCUAGUCCUCUUACAGUAUUAUCAAGUGUUUCUUGAGUUGGCCCUGGACUUGUUUAGCACUGUUUGUCCCAUUUUAGCCCCAUCUUUUUUUCUGAAAGUACAUGAGGACUUGUACCUCUUUUGUGUUCAUCUGUGCUGAUACAAAGAGAAUAACUAAAAACGUUCAGUUUCUAUUUGACAUGUACUUUGCUUGUGUUUUGGAAACUAUGUAGUGAGAGUUGGUUAGGGCUGGGCGAUGAGGCUAAGAAUCUGAGCGCAAUUUAAAAAAACAAACAAAUAAAUAUCAGUUGAUAGUUGUUAUUGUGAAAGCUUGUUCCUGCAAUUGGGGAAAAAAUGUAUUUGUCUUCCGUAGGUCGACGUUUCAAGUUAUGUAUCUUGAAAUUUCAAGAUCCUGAAAAGUAACUUGAAAGUUGAACUUACCAACUCAAAAUUUCAUGUCUUGAUAUCUCUGCUUUUACUGAGCAGUAACCUUAAAAAUCAAGAUACUCAAUAGUACUAUUCAAUUUUUGAAAUAUCUAAACUGAACUGUUAAAAUUUUGACAUACCUGUACCUGGCGAUUACUUUUGUAUUAUUAUUAUUAUUAUUAUUAUUAUUACCUGAAGGAAACAAGCUUUCAUACGUAGUUACUAUAAUAUAAAUCAGCGCAUUAUUUAUUUGAAGUUUAAAGGCCCGGUGCUUGAAAAUGUUGACGUUUGCUGCUGGAUAAGUCAUAUGGAAUUGAGGGUCUGCGUCUACUAACAACACUAGUUUGGGACUGUAAUUACUUUCUGCUAUUUGAAGAAAAAAUAAUGCCUGAUGUUAGCUGAUCUGUUCAUUCUCCAGAUUAUAAAUUGCCAAAUGUCAUUUCCAAACUACUGAAGCAGAGUUACCUUUCUAACUGAGGAUAUCUUUGUCCUUCCAGCAUUCGCAAAACCAUUAUUGAGCUUUUGUUAAAUUUUUAUUGAGUUUAUACUGUGAUAACCACUGUUGCUGUUUUAUCGCCCAGCCCUAAUGUGGAUUUGUGGUUAAGAAUUUGGCAUUAUAGACAAUCAGUUAAUUUUCAAAAUGAUCCCUUUAGCUGUACGUUGAAA